AAAAAAAUGAAGAACGCCCCUGUUUCUAUUCCAGGGCGUGCCCCUGAUGAGAAUGUACAACUAGUGGAUAGCGAGGGAGAAAGAUCCUUUAAAAUAGGAAACUAUGCCGGCAGAUAUGUUGUGCUUGUGUUUUACUCAGGAGAUUGGGAGUGCAGGGAUAAUAUUCAAGCUUUUCAGAAUAUUCUAGACAAGUAUAAAGCUUCUGGUUGCGAGGUUUUUGCUUGCUCCUCUGAUUCUACUAAAGUUCAUCAGAGCUGGAUUCGAACCCCCAGUUCUGAUGGAGGGUUUGGAGGCUCUAUUAGAAUUCCACUGAUUUCUGAUCCUGCAGGAACGAUGUCUACUAAGUAUGACGUGUAUGAUCAAGAAGAAGGAGUUUGUAGGAACGCUGUUGUGAUCAUUGAUGAUGGAGGUAUAGUAAGGCAUGCUGUAACUACUAGUAUGGAUCACAAUGAGACUGCUAGAAACUGUUUGGAUAUUAUUGCUCUACUUAAACAGCACAAGUUGUCUGAUGAGGAAGUGAGGAAUAUAAAUGCUAAAGCCAAAUCCACCAAAACCGGCAGCAAAGGAAGAGAGAAAUCUAGUGUGAGAAUGGACAGGAAGGAACUAGAGAAAGCCUGGGACGUUUCAGAUGAUCCAGAUCUUGUCAAGGUCCUUAAUAUAGCUAAGAUGUUGGGUAAAGCUCCUCCACCCCCUGUGCUAGCUCCAAGAAAGGAACCUGGCUUUGAUAUUGAUCAAGAGCAACUUAGAAGGAUGAUAAAUCCAAGAUGUUCUGGUAUAAAAUCCUGCCGAGCCACACUACAGAGGAAUCUAGCAGGAUAUACAGCACCUAAUUUGAGCAAAAAUCAGAAGCUGCAGAUAGAGAACUUGGUGAAGAAAAUGACCGGAGUUGCCUUUAUGCCUGAGGAUUUAACAGGUGUUUACUAUGGUUUAUACAACAUGAACCAGCGGGAACAAAUUAAACUGUUUCAAGAAAACUAUUUUGCAAGCUCAGGAGACAUUAGGCUCAGAGAACCUGGAGCUGUAAAAUGGUCGGAAUCGUCAGGCGUAUUUGUAAACAACUACAAAAACUUCCAGAUCUGGGUAAACUGGCGGGAUCAGCUGAGAGUUUCAAGUUUCCAAGAUGGCGGAGACCUUAGAUCAGUGCUUCUGAGAUUGAAAAGAGCGGUUGAAAGUAUGGAAGAAGCACUCAAGAGUUUGACAAAGCGUGGUUUUCUGACGAAGGAUGGAGGAUUUGUACAUUCAGAACCCGGGAUUCAUUCAUCAGGAUUUGAUUUAAGUUUCUAUGUGGAUUACCCUGGGUUUGCUAAGGAAGGAGACAAGGCGCUAAAGAUGCUUUGCCUAAAAUAUGGGCUUUUAGUCAAGAAAUACGGACUACGGGAUGGUGGUUAUGAGAUUGGUGUAACCCAGCGCCCUGAAGACAGUUUAUGGAAUAUAAUCAGACGCGGCUUGGCUGGUCUUGACGCGCUUGCGCAGGAGGAGGAAAAUCUAAAGAAGAAAUUCAAUAUGACGAUCGAGAAAAAAUAAAAUUCUAAAUUGUUUUAUAAUUUUCAACUUAAUUUUGUAGAAUUUAAAGAAAAUAUUUAAUA